GGAAUGCACACACGGCGAGACAUUUUCCAACUGUAAAAAAAAACGAAAACAAAGAAAGAAAAAUGGGCUGCACAUCGUCGCACGCGAAUACACAGUUUUUGAAUGGCAAGCCCACCUUUAAAGGCGAUGAAGUCGUAAAGGGCUUUGAGAAGGAAAACGGACUCCUCUUUCGCAUUGUCAAGAAGGGGAAGAAGAAGCGGCAGACGUGGGCGUUUUACAACGACACGAAGCAGUACGAGAUGCGUGUUCACGUCACCUUUAACGCCGGCUGCGACAUCAAAGCCCUCGGCGAGACAAAGCUGGAGGAGGUGGAGGACAAGGACGAAGUGAUCGCCACCGUCACUGUACAGCCCGGUGCGACGGAGAUGUUUAUCGAAGGACGCGUGAACGGCUUCCGCUCCAAGAUGGACGCCUUCAAAAUUUGA